AUGAGUUCUAUACUCCGUGUUCUUCUACUCCUGCUGAGUAUAACAGCAGGAACAAUCAAGGCAGACGAUAAUCCUUGCCAGGAUGUGCGGAUGGCCGGCUUCCUCUGCCUGAAUUGCACCACUCUGGGCUACUGCAUGCGCGACGCCACCGGAAACUGGGAGACCAUUGCGAUGCUCGGCUGCCAGUCCCAGCACAAUUUCUUCUGCAGUGACGAGGGAACCUUCGGAUGCACCUGGCAGUCGGAGUGUCGCGUGGCCAAGAAGGGACCAUUUACCUGCCAGCAGGCGGGACUCUUCCCGGAUCCCUACGACUGCAGGAAGUACCACGAGUGCAGCGACUCGAAUGUGGACACUCCGCGCCUCUGCCCCAACGGACUUGGCUUCUCCACGCUCUCCGAGACCUGUGUCCUUUCCCGAGAGAGCGAUCUGUGCACGGAGGAGCAGUACACCUGCAAUCGAUCCGGACAGGUCGGUGGAUGGCCUGCGGACAACCGGUACUUCUACGUCUGCGUGAACAGCACCUCCAACUCGCUGUAUCCACUGAUGAUGAAGUGCCGCGAGGGAUUCGUCUUCAGCGGAUACAGUUGCAUGCCGGAAGGCUAUUCCAGGAGUUCGGGACUCCAGGUCAGAGAUACUAGCAAGUGCGUUGAUCAGACCAGAUACGAGUGUCCUUUCCGAUCCACGGAAACCGGUUACUGCAAGUGCGUCGGUGGAGAAGAGCAGAGGAUCAUCUGCCCCUCUGGAUUCCACAUCGAUCUGAGGAUCAUGACCUGCGUGAGCGAGAGGAUCUACCAGUGCGAGAACUUCGAGGUCCUCAGCUGCCCCAAUUCCACUGCCUACAACGAGUACUGUAUUUGCAUCGAGAACCAGCUGCAGGUCUACGACUGCCCACUGGGAACCUUCUUCAAUGCCGAGAAGUUGGUGUGCCAGGCGAAGUCCAGUGAGUGCGUGGGCCAGCUGGACUAUGAAGUGUUUUCGUGUCGCGGUGGGGACUUGAGUGCCUUCUGCUUUUGCCUGGAGGGAGAGCUCCACAAGUAUGACUGCGCACCGGUUUCCUAUUUCGAUGCUCAGAAGGGGGUGUGCCUCAGGGAAAGCGACCUGUGCCGUGACGAAAUGGAUUUCUCCACUUUUGCCUGCCCCAAUCUGGAUUUGAGUGUCUUCUGCUACUGCGUGAAUGAAGGUAUUCAGAAGGUAGCUUGCCCAUCGGGUUACUACUACAGCACUACCCUUAACGUUUGUGUUAAGGAGACUUUUAAAUUGGAAUAA